GUCAUUUAGAAGGAGAAGUAUGGGGUUUGUCCAUUCACCUGAUCAAAGAUUUCUGUGUGACAACCAGCAAUGAUAAAACAUUAAGAGUUUGGGAUAUCUGAGACAGCCACAAGAUAGUGAACUUUAAAAUACUCAAACAGGGAGCUAGAUGUGUAGAUUUCUCACCUGAUGGGAAAUUCCUGGCUGUUGGUCUUAGAGAUGGGAGUUUUACAGUGUUGAAUUCAGACACAAUGGAAGAAAUUAUCUCCUUACAUCACAGGAAAGAGGAAAUUGCUGACAUUAAAUUUUCUCCAGGCAAAGUCAUAAUGUUGAAUUCUGGCGCCAAGGAGCAGCUGUUCUUUGAAGCACCAAGAGGGAGAAGGAUUACUUUGAGGAAUCAGGAAAUUGAGAAGUUUGCUUGGCAUUCCUGGAUGUCGGUUCCAGGCGUGACGUGUGAGGGUAUGUGGCCACCAAAAUGUGAUGUAACAGACAUAAACGCUACUUGUGCCUCAAGUGAUAUGUCAGUGAUUGCUACAGCUGAUGAUUUUGGAUUUAUGAAACUCUUUAAUUACCCAGCUAAGAGCCAAAAUUUUACUUUGAUCGGGAACUUUAUCAUGUGGAUGAGAAUGUUGGUAUGUUGGAUGUUAAAGUAUGGAAGACUGGCACAGACCUCAGUAGACCAUCAAGUAUUACCAUCAGAUCUAGAAGAACAGAGCCAAUGUCUGCUGAAGCUGGAGUAGGUUACAUCCCUGUGGUGCGGAUAUUAGACUUUGCACCAGGUGAGAUGACAGACUUUUCGUGUCACUAUCCUAGAUGAUCUUGGUCACCCAGUCCUUGAGGGAACAGAAAAGUUUAAGCUUCAUUUAAGGAUGUCAGUUGGAGGGUCCAUGGGUGAACCAAGUGUAGCCACAGUCUGAUUAUCGUAGUAUCGGACCGCUGAUGCAAGCCGGAAAAAAAUACUUUGCAAGUGAAAUGCUUCAAAACCGGUUGAUUUAAAAAUACGAAAGUGUUCGCAUAUGAUUUCCGCUGUGAAAUGCAAUUUGCAAUGGUGAUAUGAACAUUUUUGCAUACUUUCCAGUAAGGAAAUUAAAUUCUCUAAA